AUGCAUGAUAUUUGUAAUUACGACACAUACUUCAUUCAAAAGUAUGAUGCUUGUGGAGUUUUGGGUCUUCUCCCAGAGCAAAAACUUACAGCUGCUUUGCGGAUGCUUGCUUAUGGGGCAUCUGCAGAGCAGGUGGAUGAGAUUGCAAGGAUGGGAAAAUCAACUAUCCUAGAAUGCUUGGUGAGAUUUUGUGAUGCAGUAGAAAAUCUCUACACGAGGGAGUACCUUCGCAGACCUUCUCCUGCGGACCUACAAAGGCUCCUAAAAAAAGCUGAUACUCGAGGUUUCCCAGGAAUGAUUGGAAGUAUCGAUUGCAUGCACUGGCAGUGGAAGAAUUGCCCAACUUCUUGGCAAGGAGACUAUGGGAAUCGAAAGGGCCAAAAAAGUAUAAUUCUGGAGGUCGUAGCUUCAUUCGACACUUGGGUUUGGCAUGCAUUCUUCGGAGUUGCCGGAUCUCAGAAUGACCUCAAUGUGCUUGGUCAAUCCCCGGUGGACGACAUUCGUGAAAACAGCCCUUAUAUCACAUACGAAAUCAACAACACUGUAUACUCUGGUGCGUACUACCUUGCCGACGGAAUUUAUCCUAGGUGGAUGACAUUCGUGAAAACAAUUCCAAAUCCUCAAUCCUAG